CCGCCGACCCUUGUAAGAUAUGAUGAUAUCUCCGAUGUGCAUCAGCGCAAGGGAGAGCUCACAAAAACACCCCACGCCCGCCACGCCCUUUGGCGCGCAGAGAGUCAGGCUCACAGUCACACAGAGCAGAGCGAGUGUAAUACAUAGAUAGAUUCGAGAAUGGCACUCAAUCACACACCAGCUACAACAACGCUGAGGAACUUCCUCUGCACGGUAAUACCCAAAAACCCUCUCAAAACCCUCCAAAUCCCUUCUCUAUCCCCAUUUUCAUCUUCCAGGCCCAACACUUGGUUGAAAUGCUCGCUCGAUUCCAAUUACAACUACAACAGCAACAGCAACAGCAACAACAACAACAACAGCUACCAGGUGGCGUAUACUCGGCCGGCGGAGAUCCCGUGGAGGAAGGAGCACUGCAACACGGUGCAACUCAUCGGCAUCGUGGGCACCCCCGUCGAGAUGAAGCACUUGCCCUCCGGCAAAGCCCUCGCCUGGACCCGCCUCGCCGUCAAGAAGUCCUCCACCCUCACCUCCUGGAUCAAUUUGACGUUUUGGGAAGAGCUGGCGCAUAUUGCUUUUCAGCAUGUAGAGAAAGGCAACCAGAUAUACAUCUCUGGUCGUCUGGUCUCGGAUACAGUUGAGAGUGAUGAUGGAAAACAGCAGACCUACUACAAGGUAGUUGUUCAGCAACUUAAUUUUGUCGAAAGGAGCCUCUCAUCUUUGCCCUUGUAUGAUCAUGACUCAAGCUCCAUGAUGGCAGGUAAAAAAUUCGGAAAUAAUGCUGCAAGUAAUAUGGGUUCUAUAGAAGAAUCAUGGCAAGCUUUCUUUGCUAAUCCAGUGGAAUGGUGGGAUAAUAGGAAGAACAAGAAGAACCCAAAAUAUCCCGAUUUCAAGCACAAAGAUACUGGAGAAGCUUUAUGGGUAGAAGGCAGGUACAAUCCCCCAUGGGUGAAGUCCCAACUGGCAAUACUGGAUACAAGAAUGGGGUCUCUUUAUAGUCAGGACGCUGGGUUAGAUGCAAACUUAAUUUCUGCUGAUAAAUUUAUCUCAUUCUAAGUGCUUAUGAUGCUGAUCUUUCGGUAUUGAUGCCAAUGGAGUAGUUUCUCUGUAUAUUUUUGUCAUUUCACCUGAUGCUCAUAAAGAUGUGAAGAUGUUCAGAGAAUUUGUUGUAGAGUUUGCAGACUAUAAUAUGGAUUUUACAUGAUGUGCCAAUUAUUAAUCGCUCUAUAUUUACUUG